AUGGUGAAAGUGGAAAUUGUACAGACGAAGCCUUUUCAAGGGCAAAAACCAGGAACAAGUGGACUGAGGAAGAGGGUUCCUGAAUUCCAACAGCAACACUAUACUGAGAACUUCAUACAGUGCGUUUUGGAUGGCGGUCUAGGAUCAAAGGAAGAAGGGUGCUACCCUGGUCCUGCAAAUGGGGUAAGCCAUUUAAUUAUUGGGCAGAAUGGUUUCCUGUCGACUCCUGCUGUUUCCAAUUUGAUCAGGAAAGGGUUCCAGGGAAAGAAAAUUGAUGGAGGAAUAAUUCUCACGGCCAGCCACAAUCCAGGAGGUCCUAAAGCUGAUUUUGGAAUAAAGUUCAACUGCGAGAAUGGUGGACCAGCCCCUGACGGCGUAACAAAUGCCAUAUAUGCUAACACAACACAUAUAUCCACCUACUCGAUCUGCCCUGAUUUGCAGUGUGAUUUCUCCCAAAUUGGAAGAACUGAAUUCGACAUAGAAAAUAUUGACUUUUGUGGUAGAGUAUUGACUCUGUGA